GGGUCCAUCCAACUGCUCCUACUUUUAGAAGCUAGGUCAUCUUCGAGCCCUGACCCUCUCCCCGACAUCCUUAUCUUGGCCAGGUGUCGUCCCCCCGCUGCAUCGCCGUCUUCUCUGCACCACCUACUCGCACUUACCGUCAAUGUGUCAUUGAGUUCGCAGGACGUUGCUACCAAACUCCACCAGGCCCACCAAACUGCAAUUGUAAUUCGGGCCAGGCACAGCCCCGGUAGCACUUGACGCCUGAGCGGCACGCGAGCCAGAACGCGCGCGAAUCGCCUUGUCUCGACCGCCUCUACCACUACUGCCACAACUAUUUUUGCUACUCAACUCCCUGGCGAUAGACACACAGCCACUUUCCUUCCCUCGCUCGACACCCCACGAGCGCCUUCGUCUUUUCUUCGCUUCGCCCUCUACUCAUCGACAUCCGUGAAUCCUCUGUCUGGUGUUCCUCGUUGAGUGGGGAGAGAACAAGCGGGAUAGGAAAGUAUGGCAAAUCCCUUCUACCCGCCCAAGGGUGCUCGCCCGGACCGCGGCGACGCCUCGAGGGGCAGCAUAGGUCACGGCGCCGACGAGGCACCUCUCCCGUUCGACCCCGAUCGGAGGGGACUCUGGAACGGCGAGCAAGCAGGGAUUCGAGGGCGGCGGCAGGAUUCGAGCAUGGCCUUUGAGGAUCGCAAUCAUGCUCGCAAUGGAACAGAAGGUCCCGGCGGGGCGGCUGCCUUCUACGUGCAGGAUGACAUCUACAGCGGCGGUCCUCGAGCCGGGGCAGCGCAACCAGGCCUGUCUUAUCAGCCCCAUCCCCACCACCCGGGCGCCUUUGAUAAUGCGCGCUACCCGCCAGUACUUCGAAGUGAGGGCCCCUCCCUGUCUUCAUCACCGAGGGGACCCAACGCCACUUUGCUCCCGCAUGGCCAGUACAACGGCUACGCCAAUGGAGGUGGCUCUUCUCCGCAGAGGUAUCCCGAGGCUCGUUACGCCUACGAGGACGAUGAGGAAGACGACGACGACGACGCGUUCAGGGCAAAAGAGGCGCAAAGGAAGCGUGCAGCAGCAGCUGGCGGGUUGGGCGCUGGCCAGUCUGGCUUCACCGCCUCGAGCCUGGCACUAGACACGGCGAGGCUGAACCAAUAUCCACCACCGUCCGUGCACGACAUCAAUAGGCCGGGGACGCCAGGCAUUUAUCUCGAUCGGCCGCCGAGGAAAGAGGCUCUCAACGAGAAGCAGAGGGAAAUCUUGGCCACCUUCCCCGAAGAUCUCGACGAGGAAAAAGGUGGACUGCUGACCAGCGCAAAGAAGAUGGCAAAGAACUGGCGUGAAUGGGUCCGAUGGAAGUAUGCGCACUACUACAUCAUUCUCGUUUUCAUCUGCGUGCUCGUCGCCCUCAUGACCAUCUAUCACCGCCAGAUCAUCGACUGGCUCACGCCCGUCUCAAAGAAGAUCAACAGCGUCUCGUGGGGCUGGGUCAUUCCCGUCGCCAUCCUCUUUGUCAUUUCCUUCCCGCCGCUCUUCGGCCACGAAAUCGUCGGCAUCCUCUGUGGUGUCGUCUACGGUCUCUGGAUUGGCUUUGGCAUCCUCAGUCUUGGCACCCUGCUGGGAGAGAUUGGCAACUUCUAUGCAUUCAAGUGGUUCCUCAAGAAGCACGGCGAAAGAUAUGAGCGGAAGUCGCUAAACUACGCAUGCAUGGCACACAUUGUCCGAGAGGGAGGCUUCAUGGUCGUUCUUCUCGCUCGCUUGUCGGCCAUCCCCGGCCACUUCACCACGGCCGUCUUUGCCACGGUAGGCAUGAACAUCUUCGUUUUCACCAUCGCCGCCGUCCUCUCGCUGCCCAAGCAGCUUGUCGUCGUGUACCUUGGUGUGGCCAUCGAGCAAUCCGGCUCGGGCCAGGAAUCGACACAAUCCAAAGUCAUCAAGUGGGUCGUCUUGAUUAUCUCCUUUGCCGUCACCAUCGUCGUCGCAAUCUACCUCUACGACAAGAUGAACAAGGCCAGGCCUCUCGUCCAGUCGCGCCUACGACAGCGACGAUACACACUUCUCAGCGAAGCAGCACCGCCUAAGGAGCACGAUUCUACGUCGGGCCCAUACCCUCGCCAAGGCCAGGGCCAUGCUGGCUCAGAGUCUCUGGGCGUCGACGACAUGGCAGAGACGAAGAUUGACAUGUAUGGCAACGGCGACCCGACGAGGAGGACACAGGACGCUCGCGAGGAAGACGAUAUGCAAAGAACACCGACAAUCAAGUUUACUCAACAAGGUGGUUGGAGAUACCGUGACCAGCAAAGACAGCAAGGAGUGGCACCUCUUCAGGCGACCCAAUCGAUUCUGCGAAAACCAGAGCAGAGGGCAGAGAGUCCGCCGAGUGGGGAGAGCGUCAGCUCACACAACCAUUCUCCCACAAGGCCGCUCAACUACCAGCAGCAUUCUCCUGCGGUGGAUUACGACCCUGAGGCUACGAUCCGCGUCGUGAAUGGAGGCGCGUGGGACCAUCGCUAUUCGUCACCCACCCAUAGCCAAGAUCAGCAUGUCUCCCCUCGCUUCGCGAAUCCAUACGAUUCGGUUCCUCAGCGACAGCAGCAGCAACAACAACAACGACAGCAGCAACAACGACAGCAACAGCAGAACAACCUCAAGCCCAAAGAGCCAGCUCACUACCAAAGGGUCAGCGGGGUGGGCUCGGUGUACGAGCUGCCGCCGCUCGAGGUGGGCCUAGCAGAUGGCAGCAGAAGAGCGCAAGACGACGGUGAGACAUCACCCAAUCGACCGCCGAGCUACCACACCGAUACGGAUCCAGGCCAUCGGUCAGAGGAUCAACAUCAGCAGCAGCAGCAGCAGCAGCAGCAGCAAUACCAUCAACAGCAGCGCAACCAGAUGCAGCAGGGCACUGCCUCGACUGCAUCGUGGAAUGGCGGAUUGGCUCUUUGAGCAUGGUCUCGCUCGCAUGGUCUCGCAGGUCCAGCUAGGGGUGAUUGUAACUUCUUCCUUUCCUUUCUUUUCAGCCCACGCUCUCCGUUUGUACUCUUUUCGGCCUCCCUUUUGUUAUUACCCUCCUCUUCUCGGCAAUGACGACGUUGCGACGAUGGCCUUUGAUGGCAUUUCACGAAGGACCUUUGUUUUCAAUUCAAUGUUUCCAGGCGCGAGUCGUCUCCUAGCUCU